UUUUUGAUUUUGAAGUUUGGCAAGAAAGCACGACGCAAGUUUUCUUUUUGCAUUUUCAAAGAAAACGUGUUUUGCGGAAUCUACACUAUUUGUAUUGUGAAAUUAUCACGAAACCCGCCUAGUUAUUAAAAAAAUUUGUGCAAUUAACAAUCAAUAUUUUAUAGCGUAUUUAUUAUAAUAUAAUCUAAUCAUUUAAAAAUGGUGGUUCUUUCUUCUUCGUUCGCGGCACCGGUGGAGGGUGUGUUAUACGAAAGUCCGCUGACCAAAUUACUUGUUAACAAUCAAGAAUUAGGCACAGCCACUUUAUAUAUUACGGAAAACAAUGUGGUUUGGGGCGGCGGUGUUGGUGCUACUGGUGGCAACUCUCCCACCAUAUCCCUGUUGUACCCCACCAUAUCCCUCCACGCUGUGCAGAGGGAGCCCUCCCCAGCCUUGUAUAUGGUGUUGAAUUAUGAACUGAGGUUACCAGAACUGACUCAACAAGGCGGUGGUGAUGCUCAGAAUGACGAGGAUGAUGAUGAAGAUGAUGACUUUGAUGCAGACACCCAUCCCAUCACACAACUGAGGUUCAUCCCACAGAACGAGGCUGAUCUGAACCCCAUGUACUCUGCCAUGAGCCAGGGGCAGGGGCUGCACCCGGACCCUGCUGAUGAGGUGGACGAUGAGGACCCCUACAUGGACGGGGAGGAGUUUGAUGAUGCUGACGAGGAGUUCGAAGACGCGGAGGAGAGCAACGGCGCGCCGGACGAGGCGGCCGCGCGCCUGCGCCAGCUGCGGCUCGAGAACGCCAACGGACCACACUACGAAGAUUAUGAAGACGCGGAAGCUACGGAAUGAAAAAAAUAAUUUUGUAUAAAUUAUAAGUUUUCUUCUAUAAGUUAUUUUGUCGCUUCAAGUAAGCGUUGUAUUUGUAUUGCCAACUUAUCGGUUACGUUCAUUGCGAUAUUUUUAUGAGAGCUACUCAUAUUUGAGUUACAGAUGGCGCCACAUGUCACAUAAUAAUAUUUUGUUUUAUGACAUUAAAAUAUUAUUGGAUGAAUGUCUGACCAGAAAAAUGAAGAAUAACUAAAAAAAAGUCAAAAUGAAAAAAAAGGCGCGGAUAAAAAAGGAACUAUUUUUUUCAUAUAUUUUUUUAAAGGCUUUUCGGCUUUGAGUUUUGUCAAUUUUAAGGUAAAAGUGGCGCUUUCCAGGUUUUUUUUUUAUAUUUCUGGUCAUGCUAUAUUUUAAUUUUAACUAUAAUUAUAUGUUAUACAUAUACGCAGUAGUAUAUAUUGCAUACAUUAAGUAUAUAACUUUUCUCAUUGAAUAUUGGAAUUGAGGAAGGCUAAAGAAUUUUCGAAUGCAAACUAGUAGUUUCUGAGAUUAGCAUGUUCAACCAAACUGUUUAAAUAAAAUAUAUUGAGUAUAGAUUUACUACACCAGCGCCAUCUUAAGAUAAUUUCGUAGACGGUAGACAUUUUUCCGUACUGAUAAGUUUAUAGGUUAUGCAAGGGUCAGACAUAAAACAUUGCAUUGUAUGGAUGUUAGAGUAAAAGGGUGAUACAGCCGCAAGUACUGUACUAAGUCAUAAUUUUACGGCGAUUUUGUCUAUUUAUCAUUUUAGUUUGCAUUUCUUAUCAUGAGGUCCAGUACACUACCGGUAGAUGGCGUUUGUAGAGAACUUUGGAACAAUCCCAUUUUCAAUACUUCAAGAAUUGCGAUGUAGUUAUGCCUGAGGCUCAUAGAUGGCGCUUUGUUUUUGAAGUGAUAACUUCUUUUGGGGUAAACCACUUCGUAACGUAACGCGUUACGGCACUCAGGCUUCUCUUUCUCUCAAGCAUACGUCCCGAGACGCACAUUUUUUUUCUUUUGUAGUGCACAUAUCAUUAUUUUUUUUUUGUGGCGGUAAAAUACCAACGCUGUCGCUUUCAUUCAAUUUUCCUAUUUCCCGUAUACGACGCGACGCGUUGAAUACUCGUAUAUGGUAGGGGUCCACAUUUCUGCAUCGUAAUGAUCGGACGCAUCGCAUCAAACUGAUAGUAGUAUUCUUUGUAUUGACAGUCAUACAAGUGCGUCCACUGAUCCACAUCGUACGUAUCACACGAAUCUACCGUAAAAUUAAAAAUCCGUUUUUGCGAUGCGUAUAUGUGGACGCCUAUCAUUAUAAAAAUAGAAAUCGUUUCGUUUAUUUAAUAUGUUUAAUGUCAGUCGCACGCUACUGGAGUCUAAAUGUGUUGGUCGCGACCUCUCGGUGCAAUGGUACAAAAGAGGGAGGGGAACGGUUGUUUAUGUAGUAACAAAAAUACACACAAAAAAUAAUUCGCCUUUAUAUUAUUGGUAUUGAAAAUUAAGACUUAGUAUACGACCUGCGGCUUAUAUUUUUGGAGAUGGUGCUUUUGAAUUUUCUUGAAUUCUGUUAUUUGUGGUCUGAACAUUGCGAUGAUUGAUUUGAAAGUAUAAUUGUGAUUUUUUUCUAAAAUGUUUCAAUUUCCAUUUUUAUCUCAAAUACUUUUGUAUACCUACGUUUAAAGUAAAUUAAUGUUAAAAUAUUUUGCAUUAUUAAAAUUAGCUUGCUUACGCAACAAAAGUUUUAUCAAGUUUUGUUAUGGUCAGUUUACAC